AUGACUCGACUUUUAGGUUUCUUAUUGAUUCUUUUAGUGUACGCAAACGGGAAUGAACAUGGUUAGUGACAAUGUGAAAGUCUUGUCUUCCAAGUGAACUUUCAGAUAACUCAACAUCUUUCAUUGGCUCGCCGCCCAUAACUUCAAGUAUCUUCGACUGGGUUCCCUUCAAACUCUCUCGCUUGCAACAAUCUGUAAGAGUCCCCAUCUUCUCCCUCCCUUUAAAUUUGUUAUUUUUCAGGAACCUCUUAUCAGUCUUAAAGUGAGAGCAGUGAAUCGAGUCGUUUUCACAAAGAAAGACUCUCUCCUGCAAGAGAUUGAAGAUGUGAGCGAAUACAAAAAAAAACAGGAGAAGCAGUUCGAGCAGAGCUCACUCUCAUCGGAUUCCGAAGACGUCAGUGUCGAUGAGCCGGAUAAAAUAUACCAGAAAGGAGAAGAACGGAAAAUAUUCGUGAUGCCGAAACAAGGAGAUACUGUGACAAAGAUCGGCGGAGACGCGGAGAAAUCGGAAGUGUUGGCAGAGGAGAGCGAGACGGAGAAUUCGGCAGACGAUGACUUUCAAAUAAUGUAUGACGACGAGAAGAAAGAGUAUGUACUGAAGAAGCCAGUGAAAAUGAAUGAGAAGGGAAUAAUUGACUCGUGGAACGACGGGAAUUCCAAAGAAAGCGCCGAUGAAACGAAACGUAUUCUGGAAGGAGAGGAGGAGGAAACGAGAGCGAUUCUGGGUGAGAAAGAGAAGGAGAAGAACAUUACAGAAGUACAUUUGACAGAAGAAAAUGUUGAUUUACAAGGUUUGACCCGAAAGUGUCUCGUGUCCAACUCAAACUUUCUUUGUUUUCAGAUCUCCAGUUCAAAUCGCACUCUUUCCGACAGGGAAAAAGUAAAAUCCGUACGUAUGACUUGGCAUGGAUGGACCCGAUGUUCUUGGAAAAAGAGGAAUUCUCAGUACGACUCACUCCUAAACAAAGAUCAGAAUGGCGAGAUAAAUUGACGAACAAAAGCCUUUUGGAAGAGCGAAGUGCGAACGAGCACAGGGAUUACGGUAGCAGUUACAUUCUGCCGGUGCUCAAAAGUGUGGACUACGACAAUACGAGUGUUCCGCUUGCUUUCAAUGGUCUGAAAAAGUUGCGAUUUGUUCUGAGCAAAACCAAAAGUGUUUAGAUAUUCCUGUGAACGUGGCUGCUGCUUUCAACUUUCUGUACUUGGCAAACUUCGACAGUGAAAUGAUGGAAUUCUCGAUGGACGUUGAGAUGGAAUUCUCGUGGAUUGAUAUCAGGUCUCAAUUGAAAGUAUAAUUUUGUCGAAUCCGGAUUUCAGACUGGUUAAUAACUACACGAAACCAAUCAGAAUCCGCGAAAAAGGUAUAAUCGAACAAAUUUGGCGCCCCGAUCCGUACAUUGUCAACUCGAAACAUUCAUACUUCCAUUACGUUUCGUUUCCAAAUAUUCGAAUGAGAAUCACGCCCGAAGGUCUAGUGACGUACACAGUUCGGUCAGUUAAUAAUACUAUAGAUUCUGCGUCCACACUGUAUUUCAGUGUCUCGUCGGUCUGCUCAUGUUUUAUGUCAUUCUGUUUGUACCCGCACGAUAGACAGGAAUGUGAUGUGAGAAUCAGUUCAAGUGAGUAUAGAUUUGGAGUUAUCACGGGAAUUGGAGUUUCAGUCGCCUACUCGAAUCAGUACGUAAAGUUCCAUUGGCAUUCCAAUCCGAUCCGUUUCCAAUCGAAAAUAACACUGCCAGAGCUGCACAUAACGAAAAUAAAGACGGGGGAAUGUUACAGCGGAGGGAAACUAGGUGAGAUUCCAUUCCAACCGAGCAUUCUCAAUAAAAUGAAAUUUCAGUAGAGGCCUCUUGCCUCCGAAUAGUGUUAUCACUUGAAAGGGACAGUGCUCGAUUCGUCAUCGAGAAGUAUGUGCCUUCGACGCUGGCAAUGAUGUUUGCGUGGGUGGCACCGUACGUUCCGUACAAUUAUGAAGACGUCAGAAUCAUCACUCCGAUUACGGUAGCUCAAUCGUUUGCGCAUCGAAAGUUCUCCAUGUUCUAGGUCCUUCUAACUCUCGUUCAAAUGGAGAAGGGAGACAAAGAGAUCCGGACGUCCUACCUCACCUCGAUCGACGUCUGGUUCGCCGCAAUGAAGUCAUUCACGGUGCUCUCGUUGCUCGAAUCGCUGGCGGUGUUGGCACUGAUCAAGAGGAGUCGGGCGAUGACAAAGAAUGCGGAGAGGGCGGCGAAUGAGUUCGAGAGGUGCACAUUUGAGGCGGAGGCGUAUCGACUGAAUCGACUGUAUCACCGAGUGGACUCCAUUUGCCGAUUCUCUUCUCCCGUCGUUUUUAUUGCCUUUUUUGUUUAUUACGUACUUUUUAUUGCGCAGGGAAACGAGAAUUGUGUAGAGAUAUGAAUGUUAACAACUUGAAUGCAGUAGGAAGUGCCGGGGGCAGGCAGGCCUAACCAGCCCCGGCCUCCUGUCCGAAGGUCUAUGGACCUUAGCCAAGAAGACACGGAUCGAGUGGAACAGGUUUAUUCAGGAUCGGACAAUCAGGGAACCGCCAAGUCGGCGGGGCAUGGGGGAUUAUACAGUGGCGGCUGGAAUGUGGAGCUGUCCGGAAGUGACGCGGUGAGAUCGGAGAUCGAGCAGAGGCGGCUGGAAUGUCGGCGCGGGGAUCACGUGAAGCGGCGGGAUCGUGGGCGAGCCGGAUGUCGGAGGUGCUCUGGAAUGUGGUCGGUUUGCAGUGGGUGAGACUAGUGGAUGGUGUGAGCUUCCGGGGAAGGAUCGGUGGGUUAGGAGGGGGAGGGACGAGCCCUCACGUUUGAAAAGUGGGCCCUGGCGUAUGGUCCGGUUGCCUGUGGUUACGGGACACCUUGGUCCCUUACAAUGCAUAGGAGCAGUUGGCCACAGUAUGCGUGGCAAUAUUGAGCCGAGAGAAAAAGAUCGGUCAGUUUACACAUGGACAGUGUGCAGCGGAGAGCAAUCCGUCUUCAGAGGCGUUCAAUGGUUAUCUUUGAAUAGAAUGAUAGAAUAGACUACUCUGAAUAGUGUAAAACUGAUUGUGCAAAGUGCGUUUCAAUCUACUUUCAGAUACUAAAAGAACGAAAACAGGCUGUUGUUGCUCCCCUGAAUGCAAUACGUCGAAAGAACGACGGAAAAACCGUCAUCUCUGAUCCUUUUUUGUUUGUCCAAAGUUUCAAUUGGGUGCCAAUCUGAACGACCGACAGUCUCCUCUUAGUUGCCGCUCAUUCUCUAUUUCACUUUCAUCGAAAUAUCAGGAAGGUGUGUUACCUGAAUGUUUGCUUACAUUAUGCCUAUUUCGACUCUGAAAAGGAUUGUAUCAUCCUGUUUUGAAGCAGCUUCUCCUUCUUCCCUCUCUCAAACGGACCUUUUUGAAGCCUUUGAAACAAUGCACCUUUCCUGUUAAUAAUUCAUUCAAAAUCUGGGCUGUUGUCAGAAAAUUUACUGACAAUAGUAUUCAUUUUUGAUUUUCACGAUUCAAACAUCUUCCAGUAUUACUUGUUGCAGACUAAAGCUGCAGUUUGGAUUUGAAACAAAAAAAGCUUUUAUGCAAGAAUCUAUUAUUAGCAUUGUUUUUCUUUAAGAUUACGUGGCUUCUCAAAUGAAAAGGGAUGAUCUGCAAGGUCUUCGAGGGCUCGCCAUCAUCGCCGUUCUGGCCUUUCACUUCUUUCCAAAAGAGUUUCCGAAUGGAUACAUUGGAGUUGACAUGUCUGUUCGCUCCUUUUUUCUGCAAAUCAAUAGUAGUUGCAGGUUUUUCGUACUUUCCGGUUUCCUGAUGACCAUGAUUUUUGGCUCCAAACCAAUCACGUCUGAUUCCAUUUCCCAAUUUUACUACAGAAGAGCCAAGCGGAUUUUGCCUCUCUAUCUAUUGAUCGUGUUGAUUGGGAAGUGAUCCUCUAUGAUUGGUUCCAAAGAAUCUCUUUCAGGAUGCGUUGCUGUUUACCUGCUCUUUCCGAGCACAUUCGUACCGAUGAACAUGGAUUCGGCGUGGAACUCGAUCUUUUUGUACCACAACAUGGCAGAACACUCUGACAACAACAUGUACUUCAAAAUGGUGGGCAUAUAUUGUGAAUGACUUGAGUUCUUCGUUUUCAGCUUAAUCAAGCCGAGGACAUCUUCACUCACACGUGGUCCCUCUGCGUCGAAAUGCAGUUCUACAUCCUUGCGCCCCUCAUUUUCUUCCUCCUUUCCUUUUGUUCGACCGGCCUUCUGCUCACAUUCUUCCACGUGGUGAUCAUUUUCACUUCGCUCGGAAACCAUCUUCUCUCGACUCAGCAAGUCGCUUUUAACAGGUGAGAAUACUCCUCAACGGGCUCAACAACCUCAUUCCUUUUCAGUGUCUUCUGCCGUGUUUGGCAGUUUCUCAUCGGAUCCGCCGUAUUUUUCCUUUCAAAUGAACUGCUUGAGUUGGAUACUCGAGUGCGACAGAAAUCAGAAUUACUUCUUGAAGAGAAAUCGGACGAACUGUCAGACGAUGAAGAAGAGGAAGAAGAGGGAAUGUUCUCGAAGCCACGUCAGAAUCUGAGUCGUCCUCCGUUCUACAUUCUUCUCUGCUCUUCGCUUUCUGUGUUGAUUCUGAUGUCAUUCAGUCCUUGGAUCAUUCCGGCUUCCAUUCUCAGAAUGGUAGCUUUAUAUUUGAUACUUUCCAAGAAUGAAAAUCCUCUCAGACGUGCACUUUUCUUGCCGGAUUCGUCAUUUUAACUGGAACUUUAUGCAAGGUUAAUCCAUUGGGAAACAGGCAAGUAAAUCAAACUAAAAAGAGUGAAUGAUCAAACUGUUUUCGUAAUUUCAGAUUAAUCGUUUAUAUCGGAGACAUAUCGUACAGUCUGUACCUCGCUCACUGGCCACUCUAUGUAUACGUCAAACAUUAUUAUGAAAAUCAAGUGGCAGGUUGUUCUCCGAUCCGCAACCAAAAAGACAAUCCGAUUUGCAGUCUAUCUGUUCGCCAUCGCAGUUUCCAUCACAAUUGCGGUGAUUCUCUCGGAAACUUUCGAAAAAUGGUAUCUGAAACUGGGAAAGCAAGGUACCACGGUUAUGAUUGGAGCCUUCUAUCUGCUGAUUGUUUCGCUUGUUCUCAACAAGAACGAAGUCACGAGCAUGAUCGAAAAAGUGAAAUACGGACAUGAAGAGGGUCUCGUGUCGCAGGUGCACAACUCGUUUGAGAAUGUCACUUUGGGUAAGCUUAUUGGGAAAAUAAGAAACAUUUGAAUUAAUUUAUUUAUUUUUCAGAACAAGCAAUAAUACUGAACAAGAAAUGGGCGAGAGAGGAGUACAAGAACCUGGUGAUUCCGAAUUGCUACCCGAAUAUCUCGGAGCACGGACUGUGCGAGUUCGAUAAAUCUGAGCUGGCGGGGAAGAUGAACGUGUUCCUCGUGGGCAACAGUCUCACUCCCAAUCUCGGCCCGUUCGUCUUCAGAACAUUCAAGAAGCAUGCGAAGAGCAUGUACAAGUACAGUCACUCCUGUAAGUUGGACGCGCGAUUCUCAUUAGAUCCAUUCUUCUGCUUAGAUUGUGAAGUUCUGGCCGUUGCCAAUGAGAACAAGUGUAGAAAAGCCCACGAUAAAUACGAAGAAGAAGUUUUCAAGAAGGGUCCCGAUGUUCUGUUCAUCCUUGAUAGGUUUGUAGUAGGUAAGGAAACGAAUGGAAAUGGGAAGGAACGUUUUCAGACCAGACAAACUGACGAGGAAGUUGAGCGGACCAGUUGAGAAAGAUAAAAUAUUCAAAGAAGCGCUGGCAGUCCUUCGAAUGUACGAGGACAAUGUAAAGAAGAAGAUUUAUAUAUUGGAAUCGUACACUCCUCCGAAGAAUCUUCCUCUCUCCAAAUUCGGGCAGAUGUUGGAAAACGGAAAGAAUGUGACACAGGUUCGAAAAGAAAGUUAUGUCCGACAAAAACGCCAGCCUUUCAGAGUCUAUUCCACGUGGACUUUUCCUACCUGAAUGCGCUUCGUCGACAAGAAGAACUCGUCAAAAAGUGAGUGUUGCCGAGUAAAGUUCAUGAAAGUUUUCGAGGUUUCCAGAUGCUCAAAGUGUGAGCUGAUUCGAAUUUCAGACGUUCUGUUCGACGGAAAUCAGACAAAAAGCUAUGAUGAGAAAACAAAACUGGGAUAUUAUUACGACGGAUUGCACAUAACUCCAUUUGCACAGAAUCUCAUUCUCCCUCUCUUCCAAAACAUUUCAGACUCUUUCCACUGA